CUAUCAUCUUCACUAUCUUUCUGCUGUCGAUUGUACCAAUGGUAACUCAUUCACUCGAAUGUUAUGAGGGCAUUCAUGGAGAAGAGAAAGUGGUAAACACUGGGCAGAAAUCGAUGUGCAUGUAUGAACCAAGAAUUCCUUGCGACUUUAAAGAGCCCGAUCAGUACAGUAUUAUUAGAUACGAUCAAGAUUAUUCCGAAAUAUGCUUUGUGUACGAACGAGUGGUCUGCUUCUGUGCGGAAGAUUUGUGCAACAAAAACUACACAAAAUUACUGGAGAAGUGGGAUGCUACUGAUGUUGCAAAUGAGACUCUUAGAGAUUGUGUGAGGAAUCAUUUGCUUGAACGAAUCGAAGAAACACGCGUUUCAAGCACAGAAGCAAAUUCAGCAACUUCUACAGCCUCAAUUGAGAGCAAAGCGGAGACAACAGAAAGUAGUGAAAUAGCGACGACUAGUGAAGAGAAAGGCUCGAGUGCAACAAGUCUAGGCCUAAGUUCUACAACAACUGAAACGGAGCCCCGGGAUGAAGCUAAAACAACUGAAACGGAGCCCCGGGAUGAAGCUACAACAACUGAAACGGAGCCCCGGGAUGAAGUGUCGACAACCACUCAGCACGACUCGAACAGCGAAACAUCGCAAUCUACGGGUGGAGAUUCUGAGUCUCACAAGAAAGGACAAGGAAGCAAGGAUGAAGCUGAAAGCAGAAAACAGGAGGACGAUAACUACGAUUGGCGACUCUUUAUAAUACUAGCAAUCAUUGCUGGUAUACUUGUGCUGAUAGAAACUCUCUUCCUCGUAACACUUAACCCACGUGGUACAACGACUUUCUGCACAAUGCACGGACGAAUACGCUGGUGA